CUUCACGAUUUGCCUCAAGAGAAAAAAUCGAGUUAUGGCUGAAAUUGAAGGCUAUGUUCAACUAUUCUUCCUCUGGUUAAUCUCCACCAUCGUGGUUCGGACCAUACUAACCAAAAUCAAACACAAGCGACGUCAUCCUCCAAGCCCACCCUCACUCCCCAUAAUUGGACACCUUCACCUCAUCUCCCACUUACCCCACAAAAGCUUCCACGCUCUCUCCACUCGCUAUGGCCCCAUCAUUCAACUCUCCCUCGGUUCCCUCCAGUGCGUCGUCGUUUCAACCCCCGAAAUCGCCAAACACUUCCUCAAAACGCAUGAACCCUCGUUCUCUAAUCGCUUCGUAAGUUCCGCGAUUCACCGCUUAUCCUACGGCUCCAAAGGGUUCCUCUUCGCUCCCUAUGGAAGCUCCUGGAAGUUCAUGAAGAAGAUUUGCAUGUCGGAGCUCCUCGGUGGGAGAACCCUUGACAUGCUCCUACACGUGCGGGAACAAGAAACGUUGAGGUUCUUGCGCGUGCUGGAAAGAAAAGGGAAAGCGCGUGAGGCUGUUGAUGUUGGUGCGGAACUCUUGACGCUUACGAAUAGUGUUAUUUCAAGGAUGACUAUGAGCCGAACUUGCUACGAUAAUGAUAGUGAUGCGGCGGAUGUGAGGAAGAUGGUUGUAGAUACUGUUGAGCUGGCGGGAAAGUUCAAUGUGUCGGAUUUUGUUUGGUUCUGUAGGAGUUUGGAUUUGCAAGGAAUGAAGAAGAGGGUUGAGGAGAUUAUGGAGAGGUUUGAUGUGAUGAUGGAGAGGGUGAUUGAGGAGCAUCAAAUGGAAAGGGUGGAAAGGAAGGAAAGUGGUGAAGGUGAGAAAGUGAGGGAUUUGCUUGAUAUUUUGUUGGAUAUACAUGAAGAUGAGAGCACAGAGGUGAAAUUGACCAGAGAGAAUAUCAAGGCUUUGAUCAUGGACAUAUUUAUGGCAGGAACUGACACAUCUGCUAUAACCAUGGAAUGGGCUCUAGCUGAGUUAAUCAACAACCCUCAUGUGAUGGAGAAAGCAAGACAAGAGAUUGAUUCAGUAACAGGAAACAAUAGAUUAAUACAAGAGUCUGAUCUUCCCAACCUUCCCUACUUGCGAGCUAUAAUCAAAGAAACACUAAGGAUUCACCCAACAUCACCAUUUAUAGGGAGAGAAUCAUCUGAAAGCUGUAAUGUUUGUGGUUACGAGAUUCCAGCCAAGACAUUGUUAUUUGUUAAUUUGUGGUCAAUGGGAAGGGACCCCAACAUUUGGGAGAACCCACUAGAGUUCAGGCCAGAAAGGUUUAUAGGUGAAGAGAACCAAUUACAUGUGAGGGGUCAAAAUUUUCAACUAAUGCCAUUUGGGACUGGAAGAAGGGCAUGUCCUGGAGCCUCACUAGCACUUCAGGUUGUGCCCACUAACCUUGGUGCUAUGAUUCAGUGUUUUGAAUGGAAGGUUAAUGGACCUGUUAGCAUGGAAGAGAAACCAGCCAUGACAAUUCCAAGGGCUCAUCCUUUGAUUUGUGUCCCUGUGCCUCGCUUGUGCUUCACCUUUGAUGUUUAGGCCUUUGAGCAAAUGCUAGAAUUCAUGUAUAGAAGCAGCAUUUGGAAGGACUUACCAG